ACUUCAACUUUAAACUCGACAUUGCUGUACAGACUUCGAAAACAGGGACAUACGAACUUUUGACAAAGAAUUUACAACAAUCACGGAUUUUCAGGACAAUAUCUAAAUGCAUUAGAAGGGCGGUAUUAAUGUUUACACAAGUUCAUUUUAUUUGAGUUUCCCGGUGUUAUUAUUAAUAUGUAUAAUGCGAUAUGGGAUACGUGUUUACCUUUUGGAAUCGAAGGUGUGUGAUAGUUAUAUUGUGUAUCGUCCCUAUGGAACUUGUGAUCCCAGAGCAGUGGACGGAAAGAGAAAUGAAGGGUUUAAUUAGGAUCGACUCGAUGCCGGAGACAGUGAAUAUAUCCCAAAGGUAGCCUUCACGUCAUCGCUAAUCAUAGUGUAACCAAGAAUUAUCGUUUUUAUCUCGGGGAACGCUAAUGACAAGAUAUGCCUCUCGCUAGUUAAUUUAACCAAGUACGACGUACAUAAUGGAUAAAACUCCCUGAUAUCACCAUGACGGAAAACUUGAAUCCACAUGAUAUUGAACAAUACCUCAUAAAGAAUCCUGAAUUCUUAAAGACAUACUUGAGUAAGCACGGUGCUCCGGACAUUACACACAAAGAUGGGAGUCAUUCUGAGCCCUCCUCCCCAGAGAUCAAAAUUAAAAGACUCCCAAACUUCACUGGUGGAAGAGGAAAUUCAAUCACAACAUCCAUAUUCAAGAAGUAUGUGGAAGGUAACUUGGAGAGAAUUAAGAAAUCUUCCAAGGAUAGGAACCAGUUACUUAGUAUGCCUGAAGAUGAGGUGUUUAUGGAGCUUAUCAGGGACAUUGCUACUGAAUUGGAUGUUAAUGUGUUGUGUCAUAAAAUUUUGAAAAACGUGAGUAUAUUAACUCGAAGUGAUCGAGGAAGCUUAUUUCUAGUGCGCGGGACCAAAGAGAAUCGAUACUUAGUAUCUAAGUUAUUUGACGUGACAGAGGUGUCCACUAUUACCGAAAGCUUACACACGGAAGAGACGGAGAUUAUAGUUCCAUUCGGCAAGGGGAUCGCAGGCUUUGUGGCAGAGAGCAAAGAGACCGUCAACAUCAAGAGUGCAUAUGAGGACCCAAGAUUCAAUAAGGACGUGGAUCUGAAGACGGGGUACCGAACCCAUAGUAUUCUGUGUAUGCCCAUACUGAAUUACGAGGGCGAGGUUAUAGGUGUGGCUCAGAUCAUCAACAAAGUGUCGGGAAACCACGAGUUUACAAAGCAAGAUGAAGAUGUUUUCCGGAAGUACCUCAUCUUUUGUGGGAUUGGAAUAACUAAUGCUCAGCUGUUUGAGUUGUCCGUUCUAGAAUAUAAAAGAAACCAGCUGUUGUUGAACCUUGCCCGCGGGGUGUUCGAGGAGCAGACGAGUCUGGAACGACUGAUACAAAAAGUGAUGCUGGACUCCCAGGACAUGCUGAAAUGUGAGCGAUGUACCGUCUACCUCACAGAGGAAUCCACAAAUAAGGGUGGGGAAAUGUUGACAGGCAUGUUUGCAAAGAUUCUCAAGAAGCGUUUUUACAAGAUACUAGCUUUGGCCAUGCAUCAGGACCCCCUCCCCAAUGAGGACAACACAGUCCAAGCUACAACCAAACCUACCUCCACCAAGGAAGUUCAAUUUUCCAUGACGUUUGAUUUAUAUGCAAAAGAUGGCGGCAACAUUAGGGUUCCCAGUGCCGCUGAGGUGGCUAAAUGGCGAAAUGCUGAGAUAGCUCGACACGUGGUUCUGAAAGGAACUCCGCUCAGUAUUACCGAAGCUGAAAUUGACGCAAUGUUUGGCAAAGGAGUGGAAUUUAGAGAUGAAGAAUUCAAAACCAAAAAUAUGUUAUGCAUGCCGAUUUUCAACAAUGAAAAGAAAAUCAUCGGCGUUACUCAACUAGUCAACAAAUUGAACGGUGUACCAUUCAACGAGAACGAUGCAAAUAUCAUCGAGGCUUUUUCAAUUUUUACGGGCCUUGGUAUCCAUAAUUGUCAAAUGUAUGAGAAUGCCUGUCGGUUAAUGGCGAAACAGACCGUGGCAUUAGAGGUCCUGUCAUACCAUGCUACUGCUCAAAAGGACGAGACCGACAAGCUGAUGGCAAGCGAUUUUCCGUCCGGUCAGAACAUUGGUCUUUAUACAUUUGAGUUCAACGACAUUCCUCUGGAUGAACUGGAGACAGUCAAAUGCACCAUCACCAUGUUUACGGAGGCUAAUCUCUUAUCAGAGUUCAAGAUUCCUUUAGAAGUGAUGUGCCGUUGGACUCUUAGUGUGAAAAAAAAUUAUAGGCCAGUGACGUAUCAUAACUGGAGACAUGCCUUCAACGUUACUCAAACUAUGUUCACCAUUUUAUAUACGGGAGGAAUGAUCAAGAAAUUUGAGGGUCUAGAGGUGUUGGCUUUGCUUGUGGCCUGUUUAUGUCAUGAUUUAGACCACAGGGGAACAAACAAUGCCUUCCAAGUCAAGGUAGCGUCACCAUUGGCCAUGCUGUACAGCACCUCAGUUAUGGAACAUCAUCACUUCGACCAUUGUAUCAUGAUUUUGAAUAGUGAGGGAAAUAACAUCUUCCAGUCCCUAUCAUCUGCACAAUAUAGAAAUGUCAUCAAAAUGUUGGAACACGCUAUAUUGUCAACAGACCUUGCGUUAUAUUUCAAGAAAAGAGGAGAUUUCCAAAAGCUUGUCAAAGAAGGAGAACUAGAGUACCGGGAUCCAAAUAAAAAGGAUCUUUUGAAAGCGAUGUUGAUGACAGCAUGUGAUGUUGCAGCCAUCACAAAACCGUGGGAGAUACAAGAAAAGGUUGCACAGCUAGUGGCAAAUGAAUUCUUUGAACAGGGAGACAAAGAACGAAAUGAGCUUGGAGAAACCCCAAUGGCCAUGAUGGAUCGGGAAAAGAAAGACGAACUACCCAAAAUGCAAGUAGGCUUCAUCGAUGCAAUUUGUCUUCCAAUAUACAAGAUGUUUGCAGAGAUGAAUCAGAGUCUGCGGCCAUUGUAUGAUGGUGUCUUGGACAAUAAGAAACACUGGCAAGAGUUAGCUGAUAUACGUGAACGUAAGACUACAGGCAAAUUAAAUGAUGAGGAAACUGAACCUGACCGGCGUUCUCACAGUCCCGAACAAAAUGGUAUCACUCAGAAGCCCGAUAAUACAGAACAAAAGAGAAAGGAACGUAAUGUACAAUUUGAGGAGGAAGAUGACAUUAAGGAUUCCAAGAGGACAAAGUUCUGCAUUCUCCUGUAACAGUGUUAACAGUGGAGUGUGCACACCAGUUCAAAAGUUAGAAGAAGAUCAUCUAAGAACGAAAUUAUAGGACCUCAUCCGACCUAUGUUUCAAGUGAGCUUUUCUGAUCAAAAUUUGUUCUUCUCCGUCCUUGUCGUCUUCUUUGAUAUAUUUUGGACUUCUGCUCCAAAGCCGCUGGCUCAAUUUCAACAACACUGUCCACUAAGUAUGAUUAGGUAGUUGGGGGUUCACAUUCGCUUACAUACAAAGGUCAUGUUUUCUUCCAAUGAGAAAUGAAGGGAAAUUUGCGUCAGGAACUACUGAACUAGAAAAAAACAAUUAUGCACGAAUUCUUCCUUAUGUUAUAUAAAUUCAAGUGUAUUUUAGCCAUUACUGGGGGAUGGGAAGGGAUAUAAAGAAAGAGUUUAAGGUCUAUAUAGAAACUAACAUAUACUGAUAAAUUCUUGAGACAGGUUUUUGUGAGUCUAUUCGUGAGACUUUUGAAUCUUUUUAAAGAACUAAUUUCAAAUUGAUAUUGAAAUAUUUUUAUGUUUAAACAUAUUUGAAUCAUCAACCCCAAAACCAGAGCGAGACGCAGUUUUAGUUUAAAUCUUGAAUAGGAUUUUUUAUAUUAAAAGUGUAACGGACAUAAUCAUGUGUGCAGAAUGGGACCAAACUAAGGAUUAAAAGUUGGAUACAUAUUGUGAAAAACACAAACUUUUAGAAGCAAAGUGAUGCCUUUUGUCAAAUUCAUGUACAAGCAUCCUACCUUCUGUAUUGUAGAUUUAUGUUUUAUUAAACCACGACUUCAGGGAGAAGCCACUACAGGCGGAUCUCUCUCUCUCUCUCUCUCUCUCUCUCUCUCUCUAUAUAUAUAUAUAUAUAUAUAUAUAUAUGUAAAAAACAAGUAAAGUACAUAAAAUUUUCUUAAAAGAACCACAAGGGAAGAAAAUGUUCAAUUAAUACGCUAGCGGUAUCAUGUGGUUUAGAUUCAGUUUACUUCAUUCCAUGAAAUAUUGCUGACAUAAACUAUGGAGUCCUUAUCUCUCUUUGGGCAAGUAGUCUCUAGUGAGCAUCACGGGUCUCAAGUUUGUUUUUAAAACUGAUCCACUCAUUUUAUUAGUGGUAAUUCUGAUUAGAAAUGUUUUUGCCAAACUUUCUUGUGUGUUUAAUCAUCAACAUGACAAUACUGGUCUGUUGUUGACUUCUCUCCAGUGAUGGUUUUAUGUCUUUUUUGAAGAGACACGACUACUGUGUUAUUGGUCAGUUUAUAUUGGUUAGCUGUAAAAACAAUAUUGGUUAAAUAAGGCUUACUGAAGUAAUUUAUUCGUCAUUGAUUAUAUUUUAUAAAGGUAGGCUCUUUGUUUAACUGUAAUGAUUUCAGCCAUGGUUCUGUGAUAAAAAUAUAGGAUAUAGCUAUGAUAGUUCUUUGUGCAGUAAAUAUUUUUAUGGUAGUCAUUGCCUGUCGUUUUCUCGCUCUCUUUCUUUUACAGAUUAUAGUACUUGUAAUCAAAUCGAUGAAAUCGUGAAAGCCAUUCACAACUCUUCUGUGAUAUUUUAUGCUGAUUUUAGUAUUUUCCAAGACUACUUUCUUAAUUUCCUUUUAUAACGUAUAUAGAAGUUUUAAGUUAUGAAGGUGGUCUGUUUAAAAGACAAUAAAUGAUGAUAUACCGUAGACGAACUGCACAGAAAUCGCGUUUGAAUGCCUUGUAGACACGUGUCUGGUAAUCCUUUACUGCAUUGUGGGAACUAUUAGUAUCAAAGCAACUCUAGUGGGAUGAUCAAGCGAGAGCAUUCAAAGUUGUAUUGUUAAGAUCUUGUAGUGUCAUUUUGAAGAGGCUGGAUAAGAUGGAUAUCUACUUAAUACAGCGGAUCACAAUUAGUGUCAUACACUAUGACUAUUCUCUGUUCCCUCAGCCAGACUAUAUGUUGAAGGCAAACCUGGGGGGAAUUUAAACUUCAUCUUUAAUACGUUUAUGAUAUCUGUCGAAAGCAGUAUACCAAGAUACAUUGUUAUCCUAGUACAAUCGUGUAUGCAGCAUGCAGAUAUAUUUGAUUAGAAAUAAGAGUAAUAUUUGAUGUUUGUAACCAAUUAUACCUUCCUCGUUUUAUGAUGUAUGUUAUCGAUCUGAUGUAAUUAUCAUAUGUGUUUGUCUGAUACAAAAGUGGUAUUGUACAUGUAUACCUAAACAAGAGAUACUAAUGCAGUGUUAAGCAUCCUGUAACGUAUAAAUUAUCUCUGAGAUUACGAGUUGUUAGUAGUUGUUAUGAAAAAUAAACUGUUGUUCAAAAGUCA